AUGAGGUAUCUGCGCCUAGAGGACACCCAGAAUCCCGUAACGCGCAGCGGACGUCAGAGGUCUUCCGGCGACGGCGCUCCGACCAAACUGAGUUUGGACAAGAAAUUAAACUUUUGCUCGUUCAUCACGAUCAGACCGGUCGGGAAGAGAGUCCUGCCGUCCGUCAGGGAGCGCCAGCAGAGGAUCUCGUAUCAGAAACGGCUCACUGAACUGGACUGGCAUUUCGAUAACAUCAAAACGAUUCUGGAAUGUUCGAACGCGACCCCGAUGAGGUGUCGGGUAGGCGCACGGUACGCAUGCAGCUACUGCCUGGACCAGUUCGCGGAUCCAGCGAGCCUGAGGCGACACACGACCAAAACCCACGCAGGAGACUCGCCGGACUUCUUCAAGUUACGCUCCCUCUCCAAGCACGUGGUUUAUUUGGACAUAACCGAUCUGAUGUGCACGAUUUGCAACGUCAACAUUGACGGUCUGCAGCAUUUGACCGAUCACUUGAAGAGCACACACGACGCGUUAAUACACAAACAGAUCAAGAACCAAAUCGUUCCUUACAAGUAUAACAACGGGAAGUUGCUCUGCACUAUGUGCCCGACGGAUUUGGAACAGUUCGCCGACAUACAAGAUCACAUGAGGGAGCACUUCAAGAAUUACGUUUGCGACUUUUGCAAUUCCGGCUUCGUUAUUAGAAGCAAGCUUUUGGAGCACAAGAAAACGGUGCACCUAGUUUAG